CCGUCUUCGACAGACAGCUGAGUUUAUACGCAAAGGAAAACAAACACAAAUCAUGUUUUAACUUUAACCUUGAAAGAUUUUCAUCUUUUAAUCAUCCUCACCGUCAGUCGUUUCAUCUCCGGCGCGAUUAAAUGGACAGCAAGAAGGUCAUCGUUUGCGACAACGGCACUGGGUAUGUCAAGUGUGGCUUUGCUGGUGAGAAUUUUCCGACGUCGGUAUUUCCUUGUGUGGUCGGUAGGCCGAUGUUGAGAUAUGAAGAAACUCUUUUGGAGCAAGAGCUGAAGGAUAUUGUUGUUGGUGAAGCCUGUUUGAACUUGAGGCAUCAACUAGAUAUAUCUUAUCCUGUCAACAAUGGCAUUGUGCAAAAGUGGAAUGAUAUGGGUCAUGUUUGGGAUCAUGCCUUCUAUAAUGAACUAAAGGUGGAUCCAUCCGAAUGUAACAUUUUGCUUACAGAUCCGCCUCUUAAUCCUUCAAGAAACAGGGAAAAGAUGGUUGAGACUAUGUUCGAGAAGUACAACUUUGCUGGUGUCUUCAUCCAGAUACAAGCUGUUUUAACAUUGUAUGCUCAAGGUUUACUUACUGGAUUAGUCAUUGAUGCUGGUGAUGGUGUAAGUCAUGUGGUUCCGGUUGUAGAUGGCUACUCAUUUCCUCAUCUUACAAAGAGAAUGAACGUAGCUGGACGCCACAUAACGUCAUAUCUUGUCGAUUUACUACUUAGGAGAGGUUAUGCAAUGAAUAAGAAUGCUGAUUUUGAGACUGUAAGAGAUAUCAAAGAAAAACUCUGCUACAUUAGUUAUGAUUACAAAAGGGAAUAUCAGUUAGGGCUUGAGACCACCAUCCUUGUUAAGAAUUAUACUCUGCCAGAUGGAAGGGUUAUUAAAGUUGGUACCGAACGGUUUCAGGCCCCUGAAGCUCUUUUUACACCGGAGCUGAUAGAUGUUGAAGGGGAUGGAAUUGCUGACAUGGUAUUCAACUGUAUCCAGGAAAUGGAUAUAGACAACCGUAUGAUGCUGUACCAGCAUAUAGUUUUGAGCGGAGGGAGCACAAUGUAUCCAGGAUUACCUAGUCGGCUAGAGAAAGAAAUCUUGGAUCGUUAUCUUGAUGUUGUUUUGAAGGGAAACAAAGUUGGACUGAAGAAAUUGCGGCUGCGCAUUGAAGAUCCUCCACGAAGGAAGCAUAUGGUGUACCUUGGGGGUGCAGUACUUGCAGGAAUCAUGAAGGAUGCACCUGAAUUUUGGAUUAGCAGACAAGAUUAUCUGGAGGAAGGUGUUAGUUGCCUUAGCAAGUGUGGAUAGGCAUGGUUUGUACAAUUUUUACUCCAUAUUUUCAGGAUGUUAUGUAACAAUAAAAUAUGAAGAACUAAGAAAUGGAACAUGUGAAGUGGUUUUAAAUAACUUGGCAGCCA